CUCAUGUGGCUGGGCCUCACCCCUUCGCCCAGUUCCACCCAGCCAUGGACCGCAGCGUAGCGGCACCCCCUCGGCCAGAAAUCAUCUAUGCUGAGCGUUUGACAGCUGAACGGCUCCAUGCCGAAAGGAUGGCCUCUGUUGCUGCUGGUGACCCUGUUGCACGGCUACAGAUGCUCAAUGUUACACCACACCACCACCAGCACUCACAUAUACACUCCCAUCUUCAUCUGCACCAACAGGACCCUCUCAACCAAGGCCAAGGGCCUCAUCCUCUGGUGGACCCAUUGGCUGCUGGCCCCCCUCUGGCACGAUUCCCCUACCCACCUGGUGCCAUCUCCAACCCCCUACUCAGUGAGUUACCCCAUGAGCAUGAAAUGCUCCGCCACCCUCUGUUUGGUGAGUCACCAAAUAGACUCCCUGUUUCACUUUUAGGAUAAAAGAAAGUUCAGAGUUAAGCCCCGUUCACACCAAGA